CUGAAGAAGCUAUCGUAUCCAUUAGAUAUGGAUCAAAAUAAGUACAUAGAAGUAAGAAUCUUCGAACCUGUUGCAGAAAUUCCCACUUCCGACACCGCCCACGAAUAUUCCAUAAAAACGUUGAGCACGAUUCACGAGUGCGAUAGCGCGAAGGUCCCGCACGUGCAAAGAAACUUGAAAUCUAACGUCAGAAAUUCCCCGUUCUCUAAACAGAGGGCGGACUCGAUCCGCGCCGACGGCCCACUCGACAUCGAUCUCCUAUUACGCUAUUACGCGUGCAACUCGGACAUGGAGAAGUCGAUAAACAAAGUGUUCGGCCAGAUCGACGAGCACGUGAGCAAGGACGUGGACCAAGGCGGGCCCCUCGUCGAGUUGGCCGCCGUCUACAAAAUUUGCGACUCGUUGAAAAACUCGUCCAAAAGUUCCCUCGUGUCCACGUUCAGAUACCUCGAUGUUCUGGCCAAGCUGCAGUCCCUGGUGCGUCGAUGCAGCAACGAGAGGUUGGACCACCUUCUAUCCACGGAUCCAACGUUGAAAAUGUGCAGGCAUUGCGGGGUGGUGAGUUGCACAAAUCCGAAGAGGCCGUUCAUCGAGCAACGGAUAUCCCCCCUCCCCACCUCCUACUUUCUCAGCACGCAAAUGUUCUCCGACAUACCGAGCAGCGGCGACGACGACGCGAGGAAGCGGCACGAAAUGGGCAGGCCGGGCAAGGAGCAGGCGGGCCCCCCGCGUAUCGGCAAGUAUUACAACGUGCAAAGAAAGGAGAAUCGUUUCGCGCGCAAGGAGAGAGCGGAGAAGGCUUAUACAGGUUCGAGGGAGGUGAGCCUGAGGGUGAAGCGGGAGAACAAUUACCAUUUGGCCGGUCCACAACAACGCGUCGAGACGAUGGUGGCCGAGCGCGAGAACGAGGACGCGGCGGGAGAAGAAGAGCGGGGGGGAGGCGGGAAUUUCGCGAGGGCGAAGAACUCGUUCAAAGUGGUCUCGAGGCACUUGUGCAACAGCUACAACGUGGAGAGGCCGAGGGGCGGCAAGUUGUACGCCGAUCAACCGGCGGCCAAGAAGAAAUCGGAUUGGAGGGCGAAGGACGACAUGAACGGGAACGAGUGCAACGAGAAGGUUCUCAGGGACAUCGUGUACGAGACCCCCAAGUCCCAAGAGUUGGAGGGGGGCGCGUUGACGGAGGAUCGGUCCUCGUUGAUCGAGGAUCGGAUGGGGGACGAGUCGGCGGCCAAAGUGGCCAACUCGUCCGGCAACGUGAUGGCGUAUUUGGCGCGGAGCCGCCUCGAGCCGGUGGAGAAGGAAUCGUGCGCCCACCAGAGGGCCAGAUACGACGAGAGGAGUUUCGUGUUGCACAACAACCGCGACAGGAAUUCGGAGUUUCUGAUCCGCGAGAGGCUGGUCCCGAAGGAGAAGAUGGCGAGGAGCUACGAGAAGAACAGGCUGGAGAAGAUGACACGGCUCGAGCCGGUGCAACGUUUGAAACGGUUCAGGAGCGCCACGUGCCUGAUGGAGGACGACUCGUUGGAGAAUUGCAAGCCCUCCCCCCGGGGGGGGACGCUCGUCCAAACGAACGAGAGCAACACCUCGAUGGUGAGCUCCUCCUCGGCCGAGAACAUGAUCCGGGAAUGGGUGAAGGCGCCCCUCCAGAGGAUUCUCGACGGUGGAAGGUACGAAGAUGACAACAACAACAACAACAACAACAACAACAACGACAAAAGCUCGGACACCUCGAAGCCGUCCGUGAUCGUGUCGAAGGAGCCGAGGCGGUUCUGGACCAAGGAGAAAUCGGUCGAUUGCGCGGAGGGUUGGGCCGAGGAGAGGCGGAACCAGUCGGAGAGUAAGAGUGCCGGGGACGGGAUGGAGAAGAAAUCGUCGUCGAGGAACUCGAGGUACUCGAACAGGCAGAUCAUAUCGAGCAUAGUGGGCGGUUUCAAGUUGUGGAGCAGCAAGGAAUCGAUAAGCAAUAAGGCGAGCGAGAAAGGGGGCGAGAGGGCGGAGGCGCGCAAGAGCGAGAAACGUUUCGGCAAGCAUUUGUUCGAGUCGUUCAAAACCUUCAAGUCGUUGAGAUCGGUCAGAUCGAGGAACAGCAGCGAGAACAAGUCGUCGUCCGCCACCUGCUCGCUGCCCGAUCAACGGGUAGGCAACGUGACACGGAAGAUCAUCUACAACGAGUCCUCGUUGAGGAACGUGAUAGACAAGAGUGGAGGGUAUGGGAACAAGAUGGAGGACGUGUUGCUGUUGUACAGGAAGGUGUUGGAGAGCACGGAGGAGAUGGACUGGCGCAGUUUCCAGAGAUUCGUGGAGAACUUGCACCCGAGCAAGAGGAAUCUUUGGCGGGAUAUUUGCAAGAUCAUUGACGAGAAAUUGGAGGUGACGAGGGGGGACGACAAGAGCGCGGAAAUAUGCAUAGAGAUCACGUCGACCCCUUUCGAGGAGGGGAAGAGGAAGGAGAGGAGGGAGGGCAGCUCGAACGAGAUCGUGUUCGAGAUGGACAUAACACUCGGGGACAUGGAGAGGUGUCUUGGUAGGCAGUUGUCCUCCACCGAGGAGGAACGGCUUGACACCCUUAAGGAGCCCAGUCAAGUUAUCCAAGUUCGAAACGGCCAGGUUUGUGAUAUUGAAGAGGACUCUAAUCAAGCUGAAUAAGCGGUCUUCGCGUCCGCUUUUCUAAUUUUUUUUUUUUUUUCUUCGCGCCCGUAUAUUGUAUAAUUCUGAUUACCGUCCUCUCCUCUUCCCUUCCUACCUCCUU